GCGAGAAAGGGUUGACAGCUGCCAUUCCACGAGCUGUUUGUGCCAACUGCAGAUCCGGAAUCCCACAACAUCGAGACAAAGAAAAAGGAGAGGAAGAAGAAGAAGAAGAAGAAGAAGAAGAAGAAGAAGAAGAAGAAGAAGAAGAAGAAGAAGAAGAAGAAGAAGAAGAGGAAAAGGAAGAAGAAGGAGAAGAAUAAGAAGAAGGAGGAGAAGAAUAAGAAUAAGAAGAGGAGGAGAAGACGAAAGAAGAAGAAGGAGAAGACGAAGAGAAAGAUAAAAAAGAGGACGACAACGAAAAAGAAAAAGACGAAGAAGAAGAAGAAGAAGACAAAAACAAAAAAAAACAAAAAAAUCAACGUAGAAAAGACGAAGACAAACACGCGGAUAAAGAAGAGAACGAAGAAAACGAAAGAGAAGCAGAAGAAAAAAACGAAAACGAAAACGAAAUAAAAUGAACAACGAGAAAUACGAAACAGCCGAUGAAGAACUGCCUGGUCAAGAAACGCCUUUGCAAUGGAGGGUUCGCUUCCUUAAGCAGGUUCUGAUGAUGUUCGCCAUUGGCCUCGGCUUCGUCGUCCUAGGAAUGGCCACUUCGUAUCCGAACGCGGCCGUCGUGGAUCUCCGGCGCGAUAACUCGACACUUUUUGGCACUUCCUUUGACCUCGAAGCUUGGGAGGAGGAUAUGAUGGGAAGCAUCCUAUCUGGCGGAGGACUCGCUGGGACGUGGCUCGGAGGCUGGGCGCUCAGGAGGGCCGGGAGAAAAAGGUCCCUCAUGGCACUAGUCCUUCCCUGCGUGCUCGCCUGGGGGUUGGUGGCACUCUCGCUGAAUCCCGGGAUGCUGCUGACGGGGAGGUUCCUCUGCGGCGUGUUCUCCGGCAUGAUGUCCGUCGUGGGCAACGUGUACGCCGUGGAGCUUCCGGACACGAACGUCAGGGGCUUCCUGGCGAUGAUCCCGAACGUCAUGGUGAGCGCCGGCCUCGUGGCCAGUGUCAGCCUCGGCCUGUGCCUCCGCUGGUUCGAGAUCCCGGCGGUGGCCGUGGGGGUGUUCCUCGCGUGUUUCGCUUCGGUGUCCUUCGUGCCCGAGAGCCCGACGUUCCUGGCUGUCAGUGGGAGGGAGUCCGAGGCAAGGAAGGUCCUCAGGAGGCUUCGAGGGCCGAGCGCCGACGUCGAGGAGGAGCUGAAGGUCCUCAAAGAUCACAACCAGGACAAGGCGGGGCAACCGAUCUUCAGGCUGUUCCUCCAGCGGGACGUCCUCCGUGCCCUCGUAGGCUUAACAGGAGGCAGUGUGUAUGGCAUUCUCGCCCUCCAGCUGUUCACGCCCAUGCAGACCGCCCUCACCACGCCCGGGCUGUACUGGUUCUACGGGGGGGUGUCCAUUGCGGGCAUCCUCUUCUGCUGCGCCUUCGUCAGGGAGACCAUGAGAGUGGCUAUCGUGAUGGACCGUGAUAAGAAUCUGAAAACGAACCGGAUCUGGGUACGGACCAAGGACCCAACCAGAUGA